CACGGAUUCACAUAACAACCAACGAGCAGUAGACUUGCUUUCAUUUUUUGCGAAACACAACCGCACACAUCACCACCAAGUGUUGAAUGGAACGUCAAGGAAAAGGAUCUGAGACGAGACGGAGGAAAACAAAACGUGACCUGAGCCUCUGAACGGGGAAAAAUGGAGUUCGCCUGCAGCCAUGUGGUGUGUAACUGGAGAUCUGAUGAAGCAGCAUCUACAGGUUUUCCUCCCAUGAAUCAUGAAUAUGACAAUGUAGUGAAAGAAGCUCCUCCUCGUCCUCCUCCGGUGCCUCCUCCUCGUCUCAGACCUCGACCUCCUCCCCCCCCUCUCCCCCGGCUUCCCUCCAUCAAGCCCAGACACGCUCCUGGCUCGCUGCCCCCUCCCCUCCCACCCAGAGGGGACAAGAUGGAGGCAGAAAACAGUUUGAAAGCCAACGUCAACAUCGUGUCCCUGAGUGUUGGACAACUGGUCCACAUCCAACCGGACACCGACCAGGAGGCCGUUCAGAGCCCAGUGCUUUGUGGGAAAUGUAGUGCUGCCUUGUCAUGUCUGAGUUCUCUACAGAGGAACAUGUGGAUGUGUGAGUUUUGUGGAAGUGUGAACGGCGUGCACGUGGAUGUGAAGGGAACGUGCACGGGUCAGUGCACGGCUGAGCACAGCGACGACCUUUACCUGCAGAGCCUGAGCGACGACGACUACCAGAACCUGGAGGACUCGCUGGUGGUCUUCUGUGUGGACAUAUCUGGCAGCAUGAGCGUCACCACAAAGGUCCCAUCAAGCUCUGCUCUCCCAGUGUACGUGUCCAGGCUGGAGGGAAUCCAGGAUGCCCUCCAGAGGGCGCUGUCGUCCAUGCUGCAGGAUUCCCCACGAAGGAGAGUGGCACUGGUGACUUUCAGUGACGAGGCCGUGAUCUACGGUGAUGGGACCAGUGUUCCCCUCACUCUCAGGGACUGGGCGCUGGUGGACUACGACCAUAUAUGGGAGCAGGGUUCGGCCUACAGCGUCCCGCACUGCAUCGCCGAAACCUACCAGCAGCUGGUGCAAAGAGUUAAAGACCUCAGGGAACACGGGGCCACGUGUCUCGGCCCGGCAGCGCUAGCCUCGGUUGCAAUGGCGUCAAGGCACCCCGGGUCAAAGGUGAUUUUAUGCACCGACGGCCGAGCCAACAUCGGACUCGGGGAGAUGGAGCAAACGUCUUCUCUGCUGAUGGCACAUUUCUACAGACGGCUGGCUGAGCAGGCUGUGGACAGUGGAGUCAUAAUAUCAGUGAUGAGCUUUGAAGGGACGGACUGUCGCUUGGCCGAUGUCGGGAGACUGGCAGACACGACAGGAGGAAGGGUGAACAUCGUGUCUAUUGGUACCAUAGCGACGGAGAUCCAGUCAGCCUCCUUGGACAACGUCCUGGCAACAGGAGUCACAGCAACACUGGUGGCUUGUGAUGGAAUUUACUUCCCCGACGAGGAUGAAGGCGACCACAAGCUGGUGAGAGAGAUAGGGAACGUGACCACCGGGCUGCAGAUCACGUUCCAGUUCGCGGUCAAGCCAGAGUUCACGGAGGUCUUCCUUCAGAGGGACACUCUCCCUUUCCAGCUCCAGUUGAGCUUCAAGACCAGAGAUCAGCAACGAGUCACUCGCAUCAUAACCAAGCGACGACCUGUGACCUCCUGCAGUCGGGUUGGUGCCGGUAGUUUCAACAUGGCGGUGCUCGGCGUGCACGGCGCUCAGCUCUGUGCCAGUCUGACGAUGGAGGGUCGAGUGCAGGACGCACAGAAGCAGCUGAAAGCUCAGCAGGACCUGCUGACACAGAUCAGUGAGCAAAGGCCGAUCGCGACGCAGGAGAGGAUCUACGGCAACUGGAUGGACACCAUGUCGACAAUCUGUGAUGACAUCACGGCCGAGUCCCACACGCUCUCGGACGAAGCCGCCGAGCUCAUGUACCAGAUGAAGAGAGCGACCAGCGUCUACAGCAGCAGCACAGCUCAGACCCCACAGAAACCCACGAAGAAGAAGACCUUCAUGAGGAGGAAGUGAACGCGUCAGAGGACCAGAACCCAACUGAAAACUAUGAGUGAAAACGUUUUGUGAUUGAAAACCUCGAAGACUCAUUAUUCACUCCAUUCAAAGUUAGAAAAUCUCUUGAAGUUACAGAUUCACACGUGAGAGAUGAAAGCAUCAGAGCUGGAUGUUCGUGGAAUUGAUGACAUGUCAGACCCGGGACGAAAGGGAGUUUGACUUCCCUCUUGAGUCACAAGAGAAAUCAACCUGUGUUAUAUUUAUAUGGAUUUCUGUUUUCCAGGAAC